AUGGCGUCGAAGACUCCCGUUGAAGAUGCGAUCCGGGAAAAAAUCAACGCAGCGCUGAAGCCCACCCGGCUCGAGAUCUACAACGACUCCCAUUUGCACCGGCACCACCAAGCGAUGGUGGGAAACACCUCGACAGAAACUCACUUUCGUCUUGUUAUCACCUCGGAUGCCUUCCAGUCGAAGAUGCAAGCUGCCCGUCACCGCAUGGUGUAUGCCCUUUUGAAAGAAGAGAUGUCCCGUGAGGGCGGCAUCCACGCGCUGCAGUUGACUACUCGGACCCCCGAAGAGGACGCAAAGCUUGCUGCGCAAGAAGCUGCCGUGACUUGCAAGACUUGA